GGCAAUCCUUUGCCUCCGCUGUAGCAGUGCAGCGCGCACUGUGUACUCAUUUACAUAUAAUGCGGCGCUGAGCGACGUUAAGCAUUUUGGUCUCUACAUUGCCACAGUUCCUCGACUCAGUCCAUUAACUCCAGUUCAACAACCUCUUCAGUCCAGACUGGAGCAGCAGUUACCCCCACUGAAGGACGAAGACAGAAGGGAAGCAAAAACCAACGCGGCUGAGUGAGUUUAUCAGCCAGGGACAGCCAAAAGGAAGUUCCAAAACCAGUCUGAACAUCAUGAGGCACACAUCUUUCUUCCUCCUGCCUCUCCUCCUCCUCCUCUGUCUCCUUCCAACUUCGUCUAUUUCUCAGAGUGAGGGAGACUUCACCGUGACAACCCGGCUGGGACGCGUGCGAGGCGUGCGCCUAACAGUACCAGAUCGGGGGCAUGUGACUGCGUUCCUGGGCAUACCUUAUGCUGAGCCACCUGUAGGAAAAAGGCGCUUCCGCAGGUCAGAGCCAAAAAAGCCCUGGUCAGGAGUAGUUGAAGCAACAUCUUACCCCAAUGCUUGUUUUCAGUAUGUGGACACUUCAUACCCUGGCUUCCCUGGUAUUGAGAUGUGGAACCCCAACCGGGAAAUGAGCGAGGACUGCCUGUACCUGAACGUGUGGGUACCAGCCACCCAGCGGCCCCAUAAUCUCACUGUUAUGGUAUGGAUCUAUGGCGGGGGCUUCUACAGUGGCUCCUCCUCACUGGAUGUCUACGAUGGACGUUACCUCGCUCACACAGAGAAGGUGGUGGUGGUUUCCAUGAAUUAUCGCGUGGGUGCCUUUGGCUUCCUGGCCUUGCAUGGUUCUACUGAGGCCCCUGGGAAUGUGGGUCUGCUGGACCAGCAACUUGCCCUGCAGUGGGUGCAAGACAACAUCCACGUUUUUGGAGGCAACCCCAAGCAGGUGACCAUAUUCGGAGAGAGUGCAGGGGGUGCCUCUGUGGGCAUGCAUCUCCUGAUCCCCAAUAGCCGCCCACUCUUCUCCCGUGCCAUCAUGCAGAGUGGGGUGCCCAACUGCCCUUGGGCUACUGUCAGUCCAGCUGAGGCCAGGAGGCGAGCUACACAGUUGGGUAAGCUGGUAGGCUGUCAGUUUAGCAAUGACACUGAGCUGGUAGAAUGCCUGCGCAACCGGUCACCCCACGAGCUUAUCGAGCAGGAGUGGCAAGUACUUCCAUUCAGUAGCCUAUUCCGCUUUUCUUUUGUCCCCAUGAUUGAUGGGGUAGUGCUACCAGACAGUCCCGAUACCAUGCUCAGCUCUGGAAACAUCAAGGACACCCAGAUUCUUCUUGGGGUUAACCAGGAUGAGGGCACAUACUUCCUAUUAUAUGGAGCCCCUGGGUUCAGCAAAGACAACGAAAGCCUGAUUUCUAGGGAAGACUUCCUGGAGGGAGUCAAGAUGAGUGUUCCUCAUGCCAACGACAUUGGCUUAGAGGCAGUGGUUCUGCAGUACACAGACUGGAUGGACGAAGACAACUCCACGAAAAACCGUGACGCCAUGGAUGACAUUGUGGGCGAUCACAAUGUCAUCUGCCCUCUUCAGCAUUUUGCCAGGACUUACACCCAGAACAUUGCCCUUCGUUCCCAGGCAGGGGCUGGUGGGCCCCCGGGAGGUGUAGGGCCCGGAGUUGGAAACUCAGGAGCAGUCUACAACGGCGGAGCUAACUCGCAAGGAGCUAUGUACCUUUACCUCUUCAAUCACCGGGCCUCCAAUCUGGCUUGGCCAGAAUGGAUGGGGGUUAUUCAUGGGUACGAGAUCGAGUUUGUGUUUGGCCUCCCACUGGAAAAGAAGCUGAACUAUACUGCAGAGGAGGAGAGGCUCAGCCGCCGCAUGAUGCGAUACUGGGCCAAUUUCGCCCGCACUGGUAAUCCCAACAUUAACACAGACGGCACCAUUGACAGCCGGCGAAGGUGGCCUCUGUUCACAGCGAACGAGCAGAAGCACGUAAGCCUGAACAUAGAGCAGUUGAAGGUGCAUCGUGGCCUGAGGACACAAGUGUGUGCCCUGUGGAACCGCUUCCUGCCUCGGCUCCUCAACAUCACAGACAACAUCGAUGAAGCAGAACGACAGUGGAAGGUGGAGUUCCAUCGCUGGAGCUCCUACAUGAUGCACUGGAAGAGUCAGUUUGACCACUACAGCAAACAGGAGCGCUGUGCGGACCUUUGAGUGGAGAGCAGAAAGGAGAGGGGGCGUGGGAGGAAUUGAUGGAAUGAGAGAGGGUAGGGUGUAGGGUGACCGCAUCACUCCAUAUUUUGAUUGUUGGGACAAAAGUUGAGGCUUACUAUCACAAAACCGAAAGCAAUGACGUGACUGGCAGUAGAACACAGAUUCCUCACAGAUUUCUCCACGUUUUUUCUCAACGCAUUUGCUACUGGUGAAUCAGUCCAAAACGGUGAUAGAGAAGGGGGCAAUGUCCUCUGUGCACAUCCAGUAAGAGCAGAAACAUUGCCGUGUGCAUCGUCAGACCUAUGCAGCAAUGGAGUGCUUUUCUGCUUUCAGUUUGAAGAAGCAUGUGUUAUGGAGUGGCACGGUUGACCGUAAGAAUGAAUUUCAGAGAAUAUCAGGAAAAGCUGUACGUUUUCAACCUCAAAAAAACUAAGUGCGAGUGCAUGUAUGUAUGUGUGUGCGCCCGGGGGUGAGCAUCGGUGCGCACAUAUUUGAGACAGGGGAACCCUCUUUCACUCUGAUCCUCAGGAUCCAAAAACUCAGUUGUUUUUAACUUAAGGAUUUCAUUUCAUUUUUGUGAUUCGUUCGUUUUGUAUUAUCUACCACUAGUUGGCACUGUUUGGUGUGUUGGUGUUUGUGGUGCUAAUAUGGCUGUUUUUCCCAUGACUCCAGGCCGUUCCACUAUUUAUCUCGUCCGCUGUCUCUGUGUUUAUUUGUCUCCAGGACAAACGGAAGCUAUUGAUCAGUAGCCAUUUUAUCACUGUGCACUCUAAAAUAACUGCACUGAAGCACACUGCCGUGUGCAGAGUGAGGUCACUGUGUAUGUUUGUGUUAUUCACGUAAGCUUGUUCUGUUUUUUCAACCCCUCUCAGGUGUGUCCAUAUUCAUUUUAGGUUUUUUUUUCCUGGCAGCAAUUUUGUUUGUGCCACUGGUGUUGUUGCCGUGCCGGCAGAUCGAUAACAUUCUGCUACCCCCUCAUCCUUUAAGGGCGUGCUUCCUGUAAUGCAAACGGGGGAGGGGGGAUAAUUGGCUUGGCACUGUUAAAUGUGAUGGGAGUUCUGUGUCAGGCCAUUGCCUCAGGUGGGACUGACAGUAGCUGGCUUCUACAGGAGAGGGGGUCAGCGAGAAGAUACAGACUUGUGAAAUCUACCCCCUUUGCUCUGAACUGUAUUUACCAACCGUCCUGUGUAGGUCCGUCGUCUGCAUGCGUCAGUGUGAAACUGUGUCAAAGUCCAGCCCUUUCAGGAGUAUUACUUAUCGUCAUGUCCGAGGUUGUGAAUAUGCGUUUAUGUGGACUUAUUAUUUUGCUUUCCUGUCCAUGUAUGCUGACCGUUGCCAGUCUCACGCCUUGCCUGGUAGACAGGUGUUAUUUCUUUACACUCCUGAUGACACUGAUGAUAGUACCUGGAUCAGUGACUAGUCUGCAGGUCUUGCAGUAGGAAUUCUGGUUAGUCAGUCACCAGGAAUGUCUCUCCUACCUAUUGUAACAGGAAUACUAUAGCAUAGAUUUACGGUGUAUUUAAAGUGAAAAUAAAAAUUUAAAAAAUCAAGAUUAUCUAUUAAUGGAAAAGGGAAAAAAUGUAUGUGUGUGUGUGUGGGCGCAUAUUUUAACGAGUCUUGAGUGACAGCUGCUUAAGUGCCUCUUGUCUGAAAAGAGGCCAUCCCAUCCUUUUCUCUCCGUGAACUCUCCGCCAUGCAUGCCCUGAGCCCACCCUUGACUGCGUCCCUUUCCGAAUAUUGUGACUGUUAUUUUCUGUAUGGAAUUAUACAAUACUGAUAUUGUAAGAACCGUGUAUAACAAUUGUCAUUAUUCUUAUUAUCAUAUUGACUCAGAUGUUAUGAUUAUAAUGUUAGCAAUAAUUCAGUAUUCUGGUUACUUUCACUUUUAAAUGCAGUGAAACAUUAGUAAUGAUGAUGAUCAUGAUUAGAUUUAUCAAGAUGGGGAACAGGUUAUGUAUGAACAACAUGAAAGUGCCAUAUUUCUAAUAUUGUUUUUCUUUUCUUUAUUUUAACCUGCUGUGCAGCAGUUUUUAAUGGCUGCUAGUAUGUUGAAUAGAAUGGCAUUUGCAGCUGAUGUGACCAUAAGCUUGCUGCUUGCUGAUUGCUGAUGCUACUUCCCAAACAUGUUACGUAGUUUUAUUAUAUGAAAAAAAGAAGUUUUAUUAAAAUAAAAUGCUACACUUAUGGUUCUGUCUGAGAUGACGAUGUAAUGAGCAGAUCCGUUGGCAGAACUGGGUGCCCCCCCCCCCCCCCCAAAUUCCCCCCAGUUUCCAGUGGUCAGAUCUGAGGGAGCUAUAAUGCAUGGGGAAAAUGCACUUAUUUUAAUGCACCUUUGUAACACAGAAGCAAAACUAAGGCAAUGUACAAGCAACGACAGGACUACAGAAGCCUCCACUUCCAUAUUAUUCCCAUCACCAUUACAACAAGCAGCAUAGCUGUUUUUUUUAUAUAUAUCUGCGAUACCCACUAUCACUCUUUUCAUUGUAGCUUAUAUUCCGCUGAUGCAUACAGCUUCAGCCAAUCGCCCCCUGUGCCAGACUCUUCCUUUGGUGGCUGCUGUGUGCCAGUCUCGCUUUGUAUGUGUGCCUUUGGCCUUUUGGGUGCUCUGUCUGAAGCCCUUCAAAAAAACCUCAAUAAAUACACUCAGUAAAAGCCAACAGCCCUACUGCCUCACUGUCUGUCUGGUCUCAUUGUCUGCCCCCCCACCGUAUUUUCUGUAUAUCAUCUGUCUUUUGACUUAUUUUGUUUGUGUCGUUUCUCUUUUUUUUCACAGUGCUUCUCUUCUCCAAGAUAUUUAACUCCAUUGUGUUCGAAUGCUUUGAAUUGGCAUUGAAAAGUAAACACAUACAACACAUA